CCUUCUUCCCUGCCACAUCCGACUGACUGGCCAACGACAGCUGCUCUCAGCCAUGAAGCUGCUGACGGUCCUGGUGCUGGCUGCCCUCCCCCUUUACUGCUCUGCCGGUUCUGGAUGCUCAUUUCUAGAGGAAGUGGUCAGCAAAACAAUCAAUCCUAAAGUGAGCAUUCCUGAAUACCAACAUUUUCUUGAACCGGUUGCUUCGACUCCUGAAGAACAAGAGGUCUUAGCAGAUGCUAAGGAAUGUUUUCUCAACCAGUCAAAUGAAACUCUGACCAAUUUUGAAAAGAUGAUGCAAAUCAUGUAUUCCAGCAAUUUCUGUGUACUUCACUAACUUUCCACAAGACCUGAGGCCCUGAGGACUACAGAGAACGGUCAGCAACUGACAGCCAGUGGAUAGAAGCCAUGACUUUCCUUUCUUUUUUGUCUUUUGAUCUAUAAACUGCAAGACAAUUGUUGAAACCUCAAAUACAUUUUCAUUUCAAUAAAGCAUCUACCAACGGAAA